AGUCAUCCUGAGAACUGACUUUCUUCCUUUUCCAUAUUAUAAACGAUUCUAAUUAGAAUGCAUUGUACCGGUCGUAAUAUCACCUGAAACAAUAUUUCAUUAAAGCACAACAGUAAAAUCAAAAAAUUAUAUUUACAAUUUCCAUCGAUCGUAGAUUUCUCUCGUAUGAAGCUACUUCCGUAAUUCAGCAUUUCAAUAUUUGACUUCGUAUAUACCAUCCAUUUUUUGCAAAACCUUACUCAGCGUUCUUCGUGUAACAUUAAUGUUUCUUAUUUUGUUGUAUUAAAAAUUCUUUGAAUUUAAAUAUCAAAAAGUACAUUUAUACUAUUUACGGAAGUUUAAAACACGAAUUUGAAUGCUUAAGGGAAAAGUAAAACAAAAUGUCUGAACAAGUCCAACCUCCUACCGAUUCUAACGUUUCCAUGGAGAUUGAUGAAGAAAAAAUAGAAAUAGAAGAAAACGGACAGAAGGAUGAAGCUAAAGAGUUUUUGUUGAGUCAAUUGCCUUCCGUAGAAAUUCCUGAAUGGGCCCAGUGGUUUGAUUUCAGUAAUAUACAUGAAAUUGAGAGGAAUAGCAAUCCUGAGUUCUUUGAUAGCAAGAAUUCCUCUAAAACCCCUCAAGUUUACAAAGAAUAUCGCGAUUUUAUGAUUUGCGCUUUUCGACUCAAUCCAAAAGUCUACCUGACAUUUACUGCUUGCAGACGUAAUUUAGCAGGAGAUGUUUGUGCAGUUUUACGUGUUCAUCGAUUCUUGGAACAAUGGGGACUUAUAAAUUAUAAUAUAGACCCUUCUACACGGCCCUCAAAAAUUGGACCGCCUUCCACAAGCCAUUUCCAAAUUUUGGCUGAUACUCCGAGAGGGUUGGCACCACUCGUCCCCCCUCCGCCUUCUUCUAUUCCUCGUACUCAACCAUAUAAUGUGCAACCCUCUAUUCUCCGCAAAAACAUCUAUGAUUCUGAAGUGGAGGAGACCCUAAAGGGCAGUGCUCCCCGACCAUCUCCGGCUGCCAUAGGAAAUCAAAACAUUGAAAAAAAAGAAAAGGUCCCUCCCACACAUUGCUAUUCUUGUAGUGUAAUUCUUAGUGGCACUUACUAUACCAGCGAUUCCGAUCCUUCUCAUUCAGUUUGUUCAGUUUGCUACGACCAAGAAAGAUUUCCUCCACCAAAAACAUCUCAGGAUUAUAGAAAAAUUGGUCCUUCUCCAAAAAAGGAUGACACUCAUUGGACGUCACAAGAAAUGCUCCUUUUAUAUGAAGGGCUUGAUAUGUUCCCGGAGGACUGGUCCAAAAUUUCCGGUCAUGUUGGUUCCAAAACGAUAGAACAAUGUAUAUUGAAAUUUCUAAACCUUCCGUCAACAGAUAAGGAGCUUUUUCAAUCUUCCUCUACUCCAUAUCCUGGAGCACGUCCUUUACAAGACAAAAGUCCCAUUUUGUCUGUAGUGACAUUACUAGCGAAGUUGGUGAAGCCUUCUUCACUGAAAACUUCAAAUUCUCUAAAAGCUGGAAGUAAUUCAGCUAAAAAAGUAGAAAACCAUGUAUCAUCGCAUAUCAAAACCGAAACUAUGGACAUUGACACUGUCAACUAUGAUAUCGUUGAAGAUUAUCUUCUUGAUGAAGAAAAACGAAUGUCAUCAACUACUAAAGAGGCUAUGGAUACUCAAUUGAAGUUAAUAGACUCCAAACUGUCCCAUUUUGAUUACUUAGAUCAACAUGUGCGACUUAAAUCCCAGGAAUUAGAUCUAUUUGCGCAAGAAACAUAUAAAGAGAAACUUUUCAUGAAAAGAGAAUGCAUUGCAGCUAAAAAAAAAAUUGAACAGAGCUUGCAGUCGAAGGAUUCAUCUAGUAAUGCCUCACCAUUUCAAUCGUCUACUGCCACCCCAACAUUACCUGCUGUGCACUCCUCUUCGGGCACUAACAUUUAAAGAAAUAUUGGGUUUAGACAACCCAAAGCACACAGCGCUUUCGAUGUGAUACGAACAGGUGGUUUGGAUUGUAGUAUUAUACAUUUUCCGACUUUCUCAAUUUUAUGAAUGAAAAAUCACUAUAUACUAAUAUUAUGGGCUUUCUUUAAUUUUCUUGAUAUUGUAUUGACUAAAAAUAAAACAUUAGGAAGAACAAAACUUUUGAAUUUUUAAUGUAAUCAAA